UUCCCACGACAUAUGUUGCCCAAUUUUGUUUCAAUUUUUUGACUUUUGACCUUUCCCCUUUCUUGUUCUUAGGCAGCUAAAAAUUUCCUCCAAAAUCCCAAAUUCAUCUCCUCAAAUCCAAUUCCAUAGUACACGGAAGUAAAAAAUGUACGUAGAACACGCCUUCUCGAUAUCCGACGAGGAUAUCAUCCUAGACAAUCCCUACGCCGUCAACAAUCGUCCUCCCUACAAGGAGAUCGGCCUCGCCGUCGCUCUUCUCGUAUUCGGCACCCUCGGGAUCAUCUUCGGCAUCUUCAUGGCCGUCAACAGAAUUGGCGGUGACCGAGCCCAUGGGCUUUUCUUCGCGAUACUCGGAUCCAUAUUGUUCAUUCCGGGAUUCUAUUAUACGAGGAUUGCGUAUUAUGCGUAUAAGGGAUACAAAGGCUUCUCCUUCUCUAACAUCCCCCCUGUCUAGACCCAAUUCUCCUUCUCCUUCUCCUGCUCCGCCUUAUUGACUGAUCCCCUUUCAUAUAUUUACUUUGUUUUGAAUGUUUCGUUUCUACGGAUUCCAUGGUUCUGCUCUUGACUUCACUUUGUAUGUUAUGUGUUACAUAGUGCAAUUGUCAUCAAUAGUCGUGUUUGUUGUGGUU